AUGACUUUAGAAGGGAUACUAGCCUACCGGCAGUCGUAUGAAGAAAUGAGCAGCGUCCACUGGGCACCUAAUUGGGCGGUUAUAGAGCUUGUUUGCGUCAUUACCUCCUUUUAUGUCGAGGGUAUUGAGUACAAUAAGUUGGGUUGUUACAGGGACAACUGGCAAGAAGUAAGACCUCUUGCGGAACUGUUAUUUACGGAUCGUAACGAGACCUCUCCGCGUUACAGUGGCAAAAAAUAUAUUCGAAAGAAUUUUAGUCGACUCUAUCUUGAUGAUUUAAUACAACGCUGUGCAUCACAAAGCAAGAAAUUGGGUUACCAAGUGUUUGGCAUAGAGAAUUUCGCGAGCAAAUCCUCAUCAUGUUCUACUCCAAAGAAAACUCCUGAACCAACACGUCCGACAAGGAAUACCUCACAACCAAGGACACCUUCAAAGAAAGGGACAAGCCAGGGUACAAACCGACGAUCCAAAUCAGGCCUUCCUUCGAGACCAACCAAACUGCCGUCGAUUCGAAGGACCUCAGCCACUGUAAAAAGUGCCACUUACAAGAAGAUAGAAAAAAACAAUUCUACACCGAAGAGGGUCUUAAAAACACAAGCAACACAUAGACCUAAAAUCUCAGGAAUCACAGUUCCCACCACUGGAACAAGCACCUACUGGCCGAGUUCCUCCACAACAAAACUGACAAAUCCAACGACAAAAAAAUUAACAUCACGCCGCUUGCCAAACAGUAAGGGUACAAUUUCGGUAACAAAAGCCACCAAAGCUACUACUGGUACCCGAGCGAGAAACACGCCUUCCAAUUCUUUGCCUUCAAGUCAGACGUCACCCACAAUAUCUAGAAAGACUACUGGCUCGUUGCUAAGAAAUACAGGUUGCCACGAACAGCCGCUGAUACCCUUAGUCUGCACACCGCAGUGUCAGAUGUCAUGUACUGCAGUUUGUCCACGCGCCUGCUGUGUUAUGAAGCCUAUGCAUCAUCCCGCGCCACUCUACGCUCCACAGCCCGUACUCAUGAAUCAGUGCCCUCCUCCUUGCCCAUCUGCAUGUGCUCCAAGAUGCUCCUUCAAAUGUUCUCAUUACAAGACAGCAUAUUUCUCAAAAGAAAGCUAG